UCUCCACUUCACUUCUGCCACCUAUGAAGUUUCUUUAAUUUGUGCAAUUCCCUCGCUCUCUCUCUCUCUCUUUCCUUCUCUGCCAGUUUAUGUACACUAUAACUCAACACGCAAAACACAACAAUCCUUAACUUUCUUUCCCUCAUGGAACUUGAGAUACGUGUUUGUCUCUUGUUGUUUCUCUUUGGUAUACUCUCUGGCUCUCAAGCCUACACGUUCUAUGUUGGUGGAAAAGAUGGGUGGGUUUUGUACCCUUCUGAGAAUUACAAUCACUGGGCUGAAAGGAUGAGGUUCCAAGUUAGUGACACUCUUGUUUUUAAGUACAAGAAGGACUCAGAUACUGUGUUGGUGGUGAACAAUGAUGAUUAUGAGAAAUGUAACAAGAAGAACCCGAUCAAGAAGUUUGAGGAUGGUGACUCGGAGUUUCAGUUUGAUAGAUCGGGUCCAUUUUACUUCAUUAGUGGGAAAGAUGAUAAUUGUGAGAAGGGUCAGAAAUUGAUUAUUGUGGUGUUGGCUGUGAGAGAGCCACCUCCUUAUUAUUCUCCGACACCUCCAAACACUCCUUACGUUCCAAUUACUCCUCCAAAAGCACCUUAUCAUCCAAAUCCACCUUAUGUUCCAACCCCUCCAAACACUCCUUAUGUUCCAAUUACUCCUCCGAGAGCACCUUAUGUUCCAGCACCUCCUCAAACUCCAACUGUUCCAACUCCUCCAGAAACUCCUUAUCAUCCACCCUAUGUUCCAAUACCUCCUCCUAAAACACCUUCACCUAUUUCCAGCCCUCCCUAUGUUCAUCCAAAACCACCUUCACCUAUUCAUUAUCCACCUAAUGUUCCAACACCUCCAAAAACUCCUUCCCCUGUAUACACUCCUCCCAAUGUUCCCACUCAAGCACCUUCACCUGCUAAUCAUCCUCCAUAUAUUCCAACUCCUCCACAAACUCCUUCCCCAGUUUAUACUCCUCCUAAUUUUCCAACGCCUCCAAAAAUACCCUCUCCUGUGUACACUCCCCCAAAAGCUCCUUCCCCUAGUAACAAUCCACCCUAUGUUCCUACACCUCCAAAAACACCUUCUCCUUCUUAUAAUCCUCCUAAUGUUCCCACUCCUCCCAAAACACCUUCACCUAUUUACACUCCACCAAAUGUUCCUACUCCUCCAAAAACACCAUCUCCUGCUUAUAGUCCUCCAAAUGCUCCUUCCCCUCAUAACCAACCUCCCUAUGUUCCUACACCUCCAAAAACACCUUCUCCUUCUUAUAAUCCUCCUAAUGUUCCCACUCCUCCCAAAACACCUUCACCUAUUUACACUCCACCAAAUGUUCCUACUCCUCCAAAAACACCAUCUCCUGCUUAUAGUCCUCCAAAUGCUCCUUCCCCUCAUAACCAACCUCCCUAUGUUCCUACACCACCAAAGACACCUUCUCCAAUUUAUAGUCCUCCUAAUGUUCCCACUCCUCCCAAAACACCUUCACCUAUUUACACUCCACCAAAUGUUCCUACUCCUCCAAAAACACCAUCUCCUGCUUAUAGUCCUCCAAAUGCUCCUUCCCCUCAUAACCAACCUCCCUAUGUUCCUACACCUCCAAAAACACCUUCUCCUUCUUAUAAUCCUCCUAAUGUUCCCACUCCUCCCAAAACACCUUCACCUAUUUACACUCCACCAAAUGUUCCUACUCCUCCAAAAACACCAUCUCCUGCUUAUAGUCCUCCAAAUGCUCCUUCCCCUCAUAACCAACCUCCCUAUGUUUCAACACCACCAAAGACACCUUCUCCAAUUUAUAGUCCUCCAAAUGUUCCCACUACUACUCCAAAAACACCUCCCCCUGGCAACCAACCUUAUGUCCCAACUCCCUCAAACACUCCUUCUCCUAUUUCUCAACCUCCCUACACUCCAACCCCUCCAAAAACGCCUUCCCCUGCCCAUCAACCACCCUUUGUUCCAAUAACCCCAUCUCCAACAUCUCAACCACCUUACAUUCCCACACCUCCAAACACCACUCCUUCACCCACUUCCCAACCUCCUUCCAUUGCAGCACCUCCAAACUCUCAUUCCCCAACAUCUCAACCACCUUACAUUAAUCCAACACCUCCAAACACUCCUUCCCCAACAUCUCAACCACCCUACCCAUCAUCGCCCUAUCCAUCCACCAUCCCUCCCUCAACCUCACUCUCUCCAUCUUACCCACCUUCUGCUUCAACUGCACCACCCACUUACCCACCCUCUUCCUCCCUCACCCCGGCAACAUCGCCGCCAUUACCGUCUGCGGCGGCAACAACCCCCUCGCCGUCGUCGUCGUCGGGAUCAUCUCAAACGCCGUCGUCGUCGAACGAAACGACGCCAGCCAGACUAAACGGUGCGUCGUCUAUAACGCCGUCGCGGUUUGGAGUGUAUUCACUAACCAUUCUGGUCGGUGCUGCUCUAAGCACCACUCUUGGUUAGAAAAAUCAAACUUUUUUUUGGAACUUGAGUUAUAGUUCUGGUCGGUGCUGCUCUAAGUACCACUAUUGAUUAGAAAAAUCAAACUUUCUUUGGAACUUGAGUUAUAGUAUAUAGUAAUUGUGAACACUUUUAUAUAUUUUUUCUAAUAUUUUUACUUGGACAAAUGAGAUCGCGUCUCAUAAUUAAUUUUAUGUCGUAUAAUCUGUGUAUCUAUGGUUACCAAUGUGAGUUGUAAUAAUUAUCAUCAAAUUCUUUUGUUGUU